GGUGCGGGAAAGGACAAGAAACUAAACACAAAACAUUGCUAUAACCAUUAUUAUUGUCGUUGUUGGCUUGCAUUCAUUGUUAAACUUACCAGCACCAUCAUCCCACCCCUUGCCAAUGUAGCUCAGAAGCAAACCACUCGCAACGCUACCGUGAAAUGACGAAUUCGUAACGCGUCACAUUCCGCAGGUGAUGUGGUGGGUGGGUGUGGUUUGGGGAGCGGUUAGCUGCAUCUUUUUCUUUGGUGUUGACGUGGUAGGCCGCUGGGGUACCUCCCUGCUAGGAAAUCCCUGUGACGUCCAAGCACUGCCCGGCGAUGUAAACUCGUGCGCUGUUCUUAGCCAACAACAGCAGUAGGCGUAGCGACACGCCUCGAGACAUUCGCUCGUGCGCUCGCGUGGACCAUUGCUUUGUAUAAAUAUUUUUUUUAGCCCCACGUGGAAGGCUUGUAGUAACUCGGGUCAAGGAAGCGGUGCUGUUGCAUACGUUCUGGCACCAUGUCCGGCCGGCGAGAUGCGAGGGGGAUGCACAUGGGAGCCGAGGAUGGGGAUGAUGAGAAGGAGGAGGAGAUCGGGAGGCCACAGGACGUCGGCAUGGCCGGGCGCGGGGCAACUCAGUCCGCGAGCGGAGCAACCCCCGGCAACCCGGGGGGCGAUUGCCCUCAGGAGGGGACCCAAAGACAAGGAGUGUACACUAUGCUGACGCCUAAUGCAGAGAAGUACCAGCGUCUGAAGACACGUGCGGCGGAGGAGGAGGCAGCGUUGGACCGGUUGCGGAGCGAGAGGAGGGCUGUGGGAGUACGCAUCACCCCAUCACACGUCGGCGGAUCCCUAUCGGAGGGGGAGGUGCGAAAGAAUCAGCAGCUGACGACGAGCCGAGCCAAGAUCCAAGCCAGGAUGGAUCGCGAGGAGCGUGAGCGUUGCCGCAGAGCCCAGGAUGAGGCCGAGUUCCAGAAGAAGAAGGACAUUCAGAGGCAGAAGGCUAUAGAAGCAGAAAUUCGACAUAAGCAGAGAGAUGCCCAAAGGAGGAGAUCAUUCGCAAUGGAUCACUCCCGGACCAAUGAGCACUUCUUGAACAAAGUUGAGUGGAGCAGCCAAAAAGACACUGCUAAAGGGCCUCAAGCAGACACAGCCAUGGCUAGGAGUAAAUUCAGGGACUACAGAGAUUCCCAGCGGAAGGAGGAAGAGGAGGCACACAGACUGAAAAAGGAGACACAGAGAAGAAAGGCAGAAUAUUUGGAGGAAAAGAAGAAAGCCGAAGAGAAUGAGAGAGCUCGGCAAAUGCAGAUGGAUCACAGGAGAGCGAAUCAGGCGUUCCUGGACAGGCUGGAAGGCCGACGCAGUGGAGAAACGGCCGACAUACCACAGUGCGAAGGCACCUGGCAUGAAGAGAGCAGCACUCCCCCUUUUAAAGACGGAGACAAAAUAGGAGUGUGGAGGAGCAGUGGUGCUGAUUCCAGGCCCUUGGACAGCUUCAGCAGCAGAAAUGAUGUGGCAAGCUCCGACAUAACCCAGCUGCGGGAUAAAUUUCCAUGGUACAACGAACAAGCCCUGCAACAAAUUCUUGAUGAAUGCUCUGGAGACAUAUCUCGCGUCUGCAGCCUUCUGUCUGAAUGAUGGGAGAUUGUGGAUAACAGGAAAAUGGAUCAAUGAGACACAAAUGAAGCUUUCGGCUUUCUCUUUUUCCUAAAAAAACAAGACUAUCGACCGAUUUAACUAUUAUGGGUUGGACCUAGUGGCGUAGCUAUCGAGUGUGCAGGAAGUAAAACUUUAUUGGAGUCCAUGGGCUGAACGUUCCCAUGCAACGGGCCACAAAGAGGAUAGAAAUUAGAUGGCGGGCCCCAAUAAUUUUCUAGCACCUGGGCCUUUGCCACUGAUGCUUACGUCAUUGGAUGGACAGCUAUUGUGUGGUUGCUGGUAUAAUGGUGGCCUUUUAGAGAAUAAUUUUAUUGUAUCUUAAGGGGUGUAAUGAUGAAUUGAUUCAACGAUUAAUGUUGAUUUUUAAGUUACAUUUUGAAGUAUCAAAUUGUGUCAGAACCUGUAUUUUUUGUUGUUGCAUAUUUUGGAUGUAAUGGCUUCAGAUGACUCCUCCAGUCUCUAUAGGGCGUUUUAUUCACAAUGUAAAAAAGUAAUUGAUUUCUGGAUAUAAAACGCACAUCUGGAUUACGGCAAGUCAACGCCUAUGACCAAAUAUCACUCGAAAUGUGCCUAAUCUCAUCAAAUCUCAGAAGUUAAGUCGGAAUUAGCUUGGUAAGUAUUUUAAUGAGUGAACACCUGGGGUUUCCAGGUGUUGUAGGCAUGGGGCUACAAAGUAGGUUGGUGAUGGCUGUCAACUCCUCGUAUGCAUGGUGGGGGUUUUCCCAGUUAUCCUCCUGGAUUAAACCAUUAAUGGAAUCAACCAAACAUCCCAAUGGAGUACUUUCCUAAAUAUGGGUCUUUACACCCAAUGAGGCUUUCCUUGGUAAAUAUUCGACAUUUUGAAUAUUAAUAUAUAAUUGCAAAGAUGGUGAUAUGUUAUACUCCUCAUAUUUCCUUAAGAAAAUGCAGAAUCACGACUGUGGGCCAAAGAAACUCGUGCAUUUCUAAUAAGGGGCUUAUUAUGGCUUAUUUCAACUUGUGGUUAUUUUUAGUGUGAAACUGUUGAUGUAAUGCUGCUACUUUUUAUUGUAACUUUUAAAAAAAUGUACCUUGCCUUUGAACUGCACUUAGUUUAUUUUACCAAUUACUGCAAAAUAAAGUACAUUCAUGAACCAAUAAACUUUAAAAAUAUAUAUUUGCGCAUUUGUUUACGUGGCAA